AUGAACAAAAAGGCUAAAGGUGCACUCAUUGAAUGCUCACCAGUAGAUGAGAGAAUUAUUGUUGCAAGAUUCCAUUCCAAAUAUGCCAAAAUGACAAUGACACAAUGCUAUGCACCAACAAAUGAUGCAGAUGAUGAAACAAAAAGAACUUUUUAUGAGAAACUCCAAAGUAUAACCUGCAAAACACCACGACAUGACAUCCUUAUAGUCUUAGGUGAUAUGAAUGCUAAAGUAGGAAAUGAUAACUUAGAUAGAGAAAGAUUUAUGGGCAAACAUGGACUUGGCACUAUAAACGAAAAUGGAGAACUACUUGUAGAUUUUUGUGAAGAUAACGACCUUGUUAUUGGAGGUACACUUUUUCCACACAAAAACAUCCAUAAAAUCACAUGGAACUCCCCAAAUGGUCGUGACAAAAACCAGAUAGAUCAUAUGAUGAUUAACGGAAGAUGGAAAAACUCACUUUAUGACGUGAGAGCUAUGAGAGGAGCAGACUGUGGUUGUGGUAGUGACCAUCACUUGAUUUGUGACAACAAGCCAAGUACUGUAGAAAGCUUAGAACAGGGAUGGAGUAGGAUUGAAACUGUGUUUAAAGAAACAUCAAGAAACACACUAGGGCUCCGACAACGUGAAAGGAAGAAAUGGAUAAGUGAUGACACAUGGACUAGCAUUCAGCAGAGAAAAGACAUAAAGACAAAAUUGAACAGCACAAAAUCAGAACGAAUCCAAACUACUCUAAGGAAAGAAUAUUCAGUCAAGGACAAAGAAGUAAAACGUAAAGCAAAAGCAGAUAAGGCAAUAUACCUAGAGACACUUGCUAAAGAAGCAGGGACAGCAGCUUCUAAAUGA